UCAUGUAGAAUUUAUUUUUGGUUCUGUCGUCUUAUUUCUCAUGUUUCAUUUCAUAUACAAAUUGCCUUGAGAUUAUCUCCUUUCACUAAUUCAAUUUCAUGUUUCAGUGUAAUUCGUAGCGAAAUAGCAAAUGCGAAAAUGUCAUUUUGUUUUCUUGGUAUUUAGUCCAUGCAUCUGAAAGUUUCAGUUACAAUUUGAUUUGACCUUGGUGAUUUGCAGAGACCAACUACAUGAUACAAAAACACUAUAAUGGAAGAAAAGCAGUUAGAUUUUAAUCAGCCACUUUUAUCAGUAAGGCGAUUCUCAUCAACAGUGGCCUCUGAAAAUAACAAUAAAAGGAAAACUGAUAAGUCAUUAGCCAAAGUACCUCCUCUUCCUGCUUACAAAUCAGAGUUAAAAUCAGGUCCAGUUAGUAAUCCUGGUACUGUUCCUUUUGUAUGGGAAAAGGCUCCUGGAAGACCUAAGAAUGAAAGCAAAUUACAAACACGGGCUGUUGAACGGCCUUCCAUUACUCCAAAGCUUCCACCUGGGAGGAUUUUGAAAGUUGAACAACAAGAUUCUGAUAAAGUUGCAAUAGGUACAUCAGUUAUUCAGUCCAGAAUAGGAAGCCCCGUUUCCAACUCUCAGAGUCUUGCAUCUUUAGAUAAUAAAGUGACAAAAAAUGAAAGACCAAAAGAAGUAAUUCAGGAAAAGGCAAGUUCUGCUUCAGAUGAUGGGAAUGAGACCUAUCAAGAUGCUCUUGAUACACUUUCUAGAACUGAAUCAUUUUUCAUGAAUUGUAGUGUGAGUGGCUUGAGUGGAUGGGAUGAUCAAGAAGUCCAGCCAUCUGGAAAAUUCUCAACAGAUCAACAGGCUCGUGAUUUCAUGAUUGGCAGGUUCUUGCCUGCAGCAAAGGCAAUGGCUUCUGAAACACCUCAAGUUCAAUACACCUCUAGGAAGCCCUUUGUUACACAAGAACAACCGAGACAAAUAAGGGAAGUAGUGAAUGAGGCUAAGUCGCGUCCCCUUAAUCCGAAAUGGCAAAAGGUUUUGCCACAUUAUGCCCAAGAUAUUGGUAGGGAAGAAAGUGAAGAUGAAAGUGAUGAUGAUGAUGGAUCUGAAAACUAUGCACCCAAAGUUUGUGGGCUAUUUCCUCGAUUCUGCCUAUUGAAUCCAAUACCAGGAUUAAGAAUGGAGGAUAGGAUUCUGAGUUCUGCAGUUCAUGGAGUGCAGGGUAAAUCAAUUGCUUCUCACAGAAGAACUGCGAAAGAGCAUGCUAAAACUGUUAAUCAUGGGAGAAAGACAGUAGAGUCCCAAUCUGGCUUUACUAAAGAGAAAGAUUUUCUUGGUAUUCCUGAAAAAUCUAAGCAUGGCUUUGAUCCUCAUCGAAGAGGCUGCAGCAGCAAAUUAUUACCCCGUGAAAGCACUCAAUUUGAAUCAAGCUGUGAAAGCCCUGUUGCUGAGAAGACUCUAUAUGUAGAUUCUGUACAUGAGGUUAAACCUUCAAGCUGUUCUUCUGAAAUGAUGGGUCCAACCAAUCACAUAGGGGAUGAUUUUGAGAAUUUAAGAAAAGACAGUAGCAUUGAUAAAAAUCCUUUCAUAGAUUCUUCCAUUGAGGAUAGCAAACACUUGGUUAUUGUGGAUGAGAAAGCAGCAUUACUACCUAAAAAUCCAGUGUCUCUUGAGUCAUUUCUCCGCCUGUGUUCUGAUAAUUUCAGUGGUGACAUGCAGAAGGAAGUGAUAAAUCAUUCCAACAAAAUAUACUCAGAAAAGCAAGGGUUGACAAAGCCUAGCUUCCAAGGAAGUAAGUUAGAUAACGAUUUGGAUGCAACUUCAAGCCCAAAAAUGGUUGAAUGCAAGAAAAUAGAGUCAGAAAGUAAAUUUUCUUUCAGUAAAAAAAGUUCUGAUGACCUUAUUCAGAAUCCUGCUUCAUGGAGAAACGUGAAAUUGGUUAGUGACCAGAAGAUUGACAUAGAAAGCCAAUCACAUAUGAAGUUAACAUCAGAUGCAAGCUCUUUGAAGCUUCCUCUUGCCCUUCCUUUACCAAAAGCUCCUUCAGAGUCUUGGCUCAAGCGUACUUUACCUAAUGUUUCUUCAAGGAAUAUAUCUUCACUGUCUAAUCUUGCUGCCAAAAUUCAUGCACCAACUCAAACUCCCAACACAGCAUCACUGGAUCCUAAGUGGGAAAAAAUCGUUAAAUCUUCUAAUUUACAUCGUGGGCAUAAGGAACAACUAACACCAAUUCCAGAAGUCUGAGUUUUCUGGAGAGCAAGCCAUUGAUCAUUUGAUAUGCUUACUAAAUGUGCAACCUUUUUUGGAAUGUAAUUAUUUCUUCUCUGUACUUUCAUCCUACAGGUUGAUCUACUUUUUUGCUUCUAUAUACACGAG